GAAGUCAGAGGGGGAUUUGUUCAUCUUUGCGCGGCUCUCCUCCUCGAUCCUCAUCAUUAAUUCAUAAGUUGUCAAAAUCAUGAAAAUUCCAACAUGUUAUGAUUCAUACGCUUUCACAUUUCUCUUUCUAUUUUUGUAAUCUUCUUUAACAAAACAUGGUCAAAUUCAAGAACUUUUUAAAUGAGCUUGUCAAGCCUUGCAAGCCUAAUUGCGCAAAAGUUACAGAAGAAAAAGAUUCAGUAAAGAUUGUUGCUCCUCAAGAACAGAAGAUUUUCGAUUUUCAUGUUUUGAUUUCUGCUACAAAUAAUUUUGAAAAUAAGCUUGGUCAAGGUGGUUUUGGCCCUGUUUUCAAGGGGAAGUUGGAUGAUGGCAGGGAGAUUGCUGUGAAGAAACUUUCACAGACCUCAAAACAAGGAAAAAGGGAAUUUACAAAUGAGGCUAAGUUGUUGGCGUGCAUACAACACCGUAAUGUUGUAAGUUUGUUGGGGUAUUGCGUGUUGCCGGAGAAAGUUUUGGUGUACGAAUAUGUAGUUAAUGAGAGCCUUGACAAGCUUCUUUUCAAAUCUGCAAAGCGAGAUGUACUUGACUGGAAGAAAAGAUAUUCGAUUAUUUCGGGUGUGGCACAAGGGUUGCUUUAUCUUCAUGAAGAUUCAGUCGAUCGCAUCAUCCACAGAGAUAUAAAAGCUAGUAAUAUAUUAUUAGACAAAAACUGGAGACCCAAAAUUGCCGAUUUUGGCAUGGCCAGGCUCUACCCUGAAGAUAAAACUCAUGUUAACACCCGUGUAGCUGGUACCAAUGGAUAUAUGGCACCAGAGUAUGUCUUGCAUGGUAAUUUAUCAGUGAAGGCAGACGUAUAUAGUUAUGGCGUAGUGGUUUUGGAGCUCAUUAGUGGUCAAAAGAAUUCGACGUUCAAACAUCCAGAGUGCCAAAAUCUUCUGGAUUGGGCAUUUAAGUUAUACGAGAAGGGAAAAGGCAUGGAAAUAAUGGAUACAACACUAGCCCCUUCAGCUGAUCCUGAUCAGGUGGCAACUUGUACACAAAUUGGGUUAUUAUGCACCCAAUCUGACCCACGACUAAGGCCUACAAUGCGGCAGGUAGUGGUGAUGUUAUCCAAGAAGUCAGGUGUACUUGAUGAACCAACCAGGCCUGGAUUCCAGGGAACAACAAGAAGACCACAUCGACCUUCUAGCUCAUCUACUUUAACAGGGAGUCCCAGUGGGACAAAUUCUCGUUCUUCUAGGUCCACAACUACGACCACUGCAGCUGGUGGUACUACUAGCACGUGGGCCUAUAGGGCUUCAACUUCAAAUGUUCAUAAUAAUCACAUGUCAAAUUUUGCGCCUUCAGUAUCCGAUCCUCAUGGCAAGAGACCCAUUGAAGGGUAAUAUUCAUUUAAUUGUUAUAGAUUAGGAGUUUUUUGCGUUUUUAUUGUGUACAGAAGUGAGUUAUAGUGUAAAUUACAGGAAGAAGAGAGAUGUGUUAUAGAUACAAGUUGUGAUUUUUGUUACGCCAUAGACCAUCAAACUGUUACUCAUAUAGAGCACAAGUGCUUUAAACAUCA